GCGCAUUCAGUUGCCACUGUUCCGGGAAACUCUCCGCAGCUAGGUUAAGCCAAUCCGAAUAACAUAGCUAGAUGAUAUUUCCGUUAAAAGUUCCUACGCGUUAGAGAUGUGGCCGUUGUCGGCGUUGGCGUUGUCGGCGCUGCUGGCGGUGUCGGCGCGCGAGCUGGACCCGGCGGCGUGCGCGGCGCGCUUCGACGUGCAGCGCGACAAGAUCAUCCGCACGGAGGAGUCGCGCGAGAUGGGCGCACGCUACUUGGCCGAGCUGGACGUGGGCGCGCGCCAGGAAUGCCUACGGCUUUGCUGCGAGACCGACGCCUGCGACGUCUUCGUCUACGAAGAGAAGAGCCCGGGCAGCUGCUACCUGUUCGCGUGCGGGCCGCCCGAGGACUUCCGCUGCAAAUUCACCGCACAUGGCAACUUCAGCAGCGGCGUACUGGCCGUAGCCCGCCGCCGCGCCGAGCAGCAGGACCGGGCGCUUUUAGAGCAGCACGAGCGGGCGCUGGCUAGUCUCAGGAGUGCGAGCACGACGGCAAGCACAACGACGUCAACGACAACGCCGCCGCCGCCCCCGCCGACGCCGCCGCCGGCGCCGCAGUUGCCACCCCCGCGUCGUUGCAGCCGCUACCAGUUCGAGUGCCACACCGGCGGCGAGUGCAUCGCCGUGUACAACGCCUGCGACGGCGUCCCGCAGUGCGCCGACGGCAGCGACGAGGCCCCGGAGCUGGGCUGCCCGGCGGCGCCGACCCGCGCGCCCACGCCGCCGCCGCCCACACCGAUACAGGACAUAAGCGUGGAGGUCGGCGGCGAGGGCGCAGCGGGCGAGCGCUGGCCGCACCGCCUCGCGCAGGCGCAGCCGCACCGGUACAGCUCCAACGAGGUGGGCGGGUCGCACAUCUUCAGCCACAAGGGCGGACUGUUGCAGCAGCCGCGGGAGGAGGCGCCGGCACCGGCCUUCUACGAGCCCCAGCCCGCGUGGCCGAGGGCACCGUGGCCGCAGCCUCAGAAUGUGAUGGAUUCCGGCUGGGGCAGCUACGCUCGGCCGGACUGGCCGGAGCCCGACCCGCGGCGCGCGUGGCCCGUGCCGCAGCCGAGGCCCGAACCGGACAUUCCGGUGUACAUCCCAUCUAAGACGAUGCCGGAGCUCCCGCUGGCGUACGGCGGGCAGCACACACUACGUGACGCGCCGAAGAAAGGGCCUCCGCCCCCUCCGCCGCCGACGCCGCCCACGCCGACUCCGGCGACCGCGCCGCCGGCGCCCAAACGGGAGCAGGAGAAUUUAUCCAAUAAAUCUGUUAAACAAGAGGUCCCUUCGCCGGUGGCGGCGAGCGGUGCAGGCGCCGACAUUGAGGUGCCGCGCUAUACGGCGGCCCACGCGCCGCACUUCCUCAGCGACGAGCGCGACGGGCUGAGCGACCACCCGCCCGCCGCCGUGCUUCUACUAGUGCUUGGUGUGCUAAUGACGGCUGCCAUGGCUGUACUAGCGGGAUGCCGCGCCCGCGCGGCGCGGCGUCGACUCCGGCGCGGCAAGUCUCCCUUCGCCCACGACGCCGACUACCUCGUCAACGGCAUGUACCUGUAGGCGCCGCCGCCGCCAAAACGACGCAGGAAAAGCGACGGUGGUCGUGGCGAACUUUUUAGAAAAAGUAAUAAGAUCGAUUCACGUGGAUCGAGUUAGUUUUUGCCUUGUUAACGAAACUUGAGUCGCGCGUUCUAAUAAGUUAGCGAUAACUUGUUUUCACACUACAAGGCGUAGACCUAAACCUAUAGGUCUGGUUGGUUUAAGUUAAGGUUUUUUAAGGUAAGACUCGCGUAAGUUAAUCUUAUAUUUACCUACAUCUAAGUGAUCUAAAGGCUUCCACGCAAACUUCGAAGAGAUUAACGCUUCCCAAUCUUGCCGUACUCAAAAUCAUUAGUUAGUGCGGAAGCCCUAAAACGUUUUGUUCACAAAGGCAAAAUACAACUCGGUCCUCUUAAAAACUGAAACCAAAGUGAUAACUAUAUAUCUUAUACAAUGUUUGAGCCGUAUCAAUUGUGGAGGUGUACUUAACUAAGUAAAUUCUUUAGAUUUCGAUAUCCCGAUGUUCCGAGAUGUGCUUUUUCGGCGGAACUGUCGGAUUUAUUUUGCGAUUGAAUUAAAACUAAAUAGGUCAUCAUUUUUAACGAAUGUUAACUGUUCUGAUAUCAAAUUGUUAAUAAGAAUUAAAUAAUAAGAAUUAUUGAUAAUUUUACAUUGUCUUCGGGAAAUAUCAAAGGUGGGAAAUGGGAAAGUAUCCAGGUUACCUACUGGCCGCAAUUUUUUGUCAGCUAACGAAGUAUACCUUUUUGUUUUCUAAUUACCAGAGGAAACAUUCACCGCUUUUAUAAUACGGACCCUGAUGUCUCCAGAGACAUCCAGAUGAACAAUCCAAUAUACUUGUUCUGUUUGUUUGGUGUCUUAUUUAUUUAGACGUAAAAAACUUCGAGUGUUCGGAUUAAGUUUCCAAAUAAAUAUUAUAGAUCUGUU